AUGUGCAAUAGCCACUCACCAAUAUGGCAGUAUAAUUUAUGCGUGCGUUAUCAUCUAGGCGCCGGGGUUACUGGUCUGACAACUGCGGUGACUUUGCUCCAGGAGGGCUAUAAAGAUGUACUGGUGGUCGGAAAACAUCUCCCCGGUGAUAUCGACGUUGAUUAUACGUCUCCCUGGGCGGGUGCUUCUAUCCUUAGCUUUGCCCACAGUAAAGACAAACGUCUUCAAGCCAUCGAUAAAUAUUCUCUCAAGGUGUUCCAUCGCUUAGCCGAUGAAGUGCCUGAAGCGCCUGUAAUGUAUUGCCCCGGCUAUCAGUUUCAUACCGAAGAGGACGAAGCCGAUCACGACAGCACCUGGGUGAAAGAUCAUUACUACGACUACUUAAUUUGGCUCGUCGACGUGCUUAAAAAACUCGGAGGUGAUCUGAAGCGUGCGGAAUUUGAUUCUAUCCAACAAGUCAUUCACACUUACAAGGAUGCCGAGAUUAUUGUCAACUGUUCGGGUAUGGGUUCAGCUGAGCUCAAGGAUGUACGAGAUACCACCAUGUAUGGAAUCCGCGGUCAGACGGUCCUGGUGAAAGCUCCGCAUAUCAAGACCCAGUGGUACCGCGAUGGUAAAUCAUCAGGUACACUCACUUAUAUCAUUCCUCGACCGGGUGGCAACGUUAUUUGCGGUGGAACUUUUGAUACCGUUAAUAAGAGCCCUGUCCCCGACGAAGAGCUGUCAAAAAAGAUUCUGCGCGACUGUUACGAACUGUGUCCUGAUCUCACUCACGGUCAAGGUCCCGAAGCUUUUGAGAUUGUAUCGGUGAACGUCGGUUUCCGUCCCGGUCGGAAAGAUGGUAUCCGUCUGGAAAAGGAAACGCGAGUGCGAUCGGACGGUCGUAAGGUAACCGUUUGCCAUAAUUACGGUCACAGUUCCCAUGGUUUCCAAUCCAGUUGGGGUUCAAGCGCAAAGGUUUUGGAAUUACUCAAGGAUACGACAGGCCGAUUAUCCAAAUUGUAA